AUGAAUCGUUGUGCAUAUGAAACCCAUAGACAAGUCUUUAUACCAAAGGUAUGCUUGUUAGAUGUUCAUCCGGGAUACUGCAAUGACGAUCGGAAAGGCCACUGGUGGUACUACUUCAAUGCAACUGAUGGUGAUUGUCAGAGAUUCUUUUACUAUGGAUGCGGUGGUAAUGAUAAUCGCUUUUAUAGUCACUAUCACUGUGAAAAAAUGUGUGGCGAACGUUUAGCGCUUGAUACUGUAUGCGAUCGCUGUGAUGUUCGUACAUCGAUAUGUAUUAUUCAUUCGAAAUACAAUUACGUAUGUGAAUGUCGGGAAGGAUUUGUCAAAAAUGUUGGCGGUGAAUGUGUUGAUUUAGACGAAUGCCGUAACAGAAAUUCAGUUUGCGAUCGGAAUGCACAGUGCGUGAAUAUGGUUGGCUCGUAUACAUGCAAAUGUAACAUUGGCUAUAACGGUGAUGGGAAAAAAUGCACUUACGUUGGCAUUGGUCGGACAACAACAAACUGUGCAAAGUGCAGUCCAAAUGCAAUCUGCUCGCAGGGUGUUUGCACCUGCAAUAUUGGUUUCAAAGGCGAUGGACUAAACUGCACAGAUAUUGAUGAGUGUUUAUCAUGGCCUAGGGCAUGUCACUAUCAUGCCAAGUGUCAUAAUAUCAAAGGAUCAUAUCAAUGCGAGUGUCGAUCUGGUUAUGCAGCAGCAUGCACGAAUUCAUUCGACCCUCAGUACAGUAAUCAAUGCGGCAUAGGGAAUUGGCGUCCUCAUUACUACUACGAUUAUGAAAAGAAUCGCUGCAGAUCAUUUUGGUAUGAUGGGUGUCCGGGGAAAUCUAUGAAUAUAUUCUCGGAUGCGAACACUUGCCAAGUGUUGUGUGAAAAUUUAACAGAUGAAAAUUUAAGCAAUGAAUUUAACAGACGAGGGAUUUGUUGGGAUGUUCUCGACACUGACCAUCUCAACCGUUGCCGAAAUGGAACCUGGGAACAGCGCUUCUAUUUUAAUAAAUAUAAGAAAAAAUGCGAAAUGUUUUGGUACGGUGGAUGCAGCUCGUACUCCCUCAACAUGUUCAAAGAUUUACGCUUUUGUCAAGGAAUUUGUGAACAUUUGCGACUCUACAUGCCUGGACUGGAAUCUCCUGUCGAAGUGAAACAGAAAAGUCAUCAGCUGACAGAAGCAUUAAGUGUGAAACUGAAUAGCAGUGGUACUACUGAUAAUGUUAUCAAUGAGGAUAUUUGCUGUAUGGCUAAUCAAUGUCAAUCUAACGCCACGUGUUAUUUCAACAAAACGAUACAAAAAUAUUCUUGUAAAUGUAAAGAUGGACAGAAGGACUGCAUCAAGAAAAUCAAUAAAGCAAUGCAGAAUUAUAACGAAUCAGAUCCAUGUUCGAUGAGUGUAUGUAAGAAUGGCACAACAUGUAUUGCUAAAGUUAGAAAAGAUAUAUUAACACAUGAAUGUCACAAUGAAUCAAUUAUUAACAAAACGAAACCAAUCAGAUGUGAUGAAAAAGUGGAAUUAAUAUCCAUUGAUAAAGUUGAAUGGAUUAAACAGCUUAAAGAACUGAAAGAUAAAGAGCUGAAAAUGAAGGAAAUUAAGAAACAAAAUCAUGAAUUAACCAGUGGAAUUAGAAACGGAUCAGAUCAGCAAAUGCUGCAUGAUAGUGAUAAUGAAGACAACAUGACAGAUGUCAACAACACAACAAAUGAAACAAUCCCCACAAAAAACAGUUUGGCAGCGAUCAGUCUCAAUGACACUGCUGCUGGAAUCACAAUCGACACCAACCAUAUCCGACUGUCAACAAUUGGUCUUUUGACAUCUUUGGUCUGGUUUCAAUACCUUUAUCAGGUGGCCACAUAA